AUGCCGCGAGAUCCUCUCAUCGGCCUGGUGGGAAAGCCCAGCGCGGGCAAAUCCAGCACGCUCAACUCGCUGACAGACGCCAUUUCCAAAGUCGGUGAGUUCACCACGAUCGACCCACAGCGAGCCAUCGGCUACCUGCAGAUCGAUUGCGCGUGCGCGCGGUUCGGGCUGGAGGAGCGGUGCAAGCCCAACUACGGAUCAUGUAUCGGCGGGCGGCGGAGCGUGCCGAUCGAGCUGCUGGACGUGGCCGGGUUGGUGCCCGGGGCGCACCAGGGGAAAGGGCUGGGCAACAAGUUCCUGGACGACCUGCGGCACGCCGACGCGCUGAUCCACGUGGUGGACGUGUCGGGCACGACGGAUGCCGAGGGCAAGAACACCCGGGGUUACGACCCGUCGGUGGACAUUGCCUGGCUGCGCAGCGAGAUUGUCGCCUGGAUCAGGGGCAACCUGAUGGAGAAGUGGGGAUCCAUCAAGAGGCGGCACAUCGCUACCAAGUCGACCGCUGUCGAAACACUACAGAACCAGUUCAGCGGCUACGGCAGCACCGCGUCCGUUGUGGCUAGGACGCUGGAUAAGCUUGGGUUGAAGGAACCGUUGGAGGAGUGGAGUGAUGAGACCAUCGAUCGCGUGGUGAACGCGUUUACGGACGAAAAGUUUCCCACGGUGAUUGCGCUCAACAAGAUCGACCACCCAGACGCAGACAAGAACAUUGCCAAGAUUGCGAAAAUGCAAGAUCCAAACAGCAUCGUGCUGUGCUCGGCCAUUUCGGAGAUAUUCCUUAGAAAGAUGGCCAAACAGGGGUAUAUCCGGUACACGGAGGGCAGCGAGUUUGUCGACACAAGGGAAGACUUGAUCGCAGCCGGCGACCCCGACGGCGGUGGUUUGAAGGAGCUAGAUGAGAAGAACAGGAACAGGAUAGAGAACCUCAAGGACAUGGUGCUCUACCGGUUCGGGUCAACGGGCGUUGUCCAGGUGCUCUCUAAGGCGGCCGAGAUACUAGGGCUGGUUCCCGUCUUCCCGGUCAGGAAUAUAACAACUUUCGGAUCUGGAGCGAGCGACUCGAAAUAUGUAUUCCGGGACUGUGUUCUGGUGAAGAAGAACUCAACGGUGGGGGACGUGGCUAGGAAAAUCAUGGGGGAUGCGCCGAUUGCUUAUAUUGAGGGCGUGGGUGGAAUCCGUGUUGCUGAGGAUCAAAUAGUCUCAGUUGGGAAAAACGAUAUAUUAUCGUUCCGAGUAGGGAAAUAG